AUGUCAUCAUUUUCUGCCCCCGCCGUUCGCAAUGCGACUGGUGUCUCUGCUGAGAAUAGCGUAACGGCAAUCAUCAUGCGCAAUCGAGCGAUUCUCUACGAAAGCAAUAAUCCCACCAGUUCUUUCAAUCCUUCCAUCUUGAAUUUACUCAAUAGCAUGCCCAACGACGAAGCUUCCGAGUCCAGAUUAUUUGCCCGCGCAUCCGAGAAGAGACAAUCCCACAUUGAAACCAGCAUUCUCCUCGAUGGCGCAUCCGACAUCCUGCAACAGUCUGCCGAACCAUCCUCAGAAGAUUCAAGCGCCCAGACUGAAGUCGUCGAUGACAAAUCCACAACUGCUUCUUUCUUCCGCUGUUGCCAGUGUCAGCAUACAUCUCAUGCGCCCACCUGCACAAGAGAAGAACAGAAGAUCGGUGUCGUUCGGGGAAAGGAGCAGAAAAUUCUCAUAGUCAAUAGCGAAUGCGAACAUAAGAAGUGCUCUCGAUGCGUCAAUGUUGAUGAGAAUGGUGUGCGUAUUGGUGUCAAACCUUGGGAAUUGGAGUGGACAGGUCCUGCUGUUUCCACACAGGCGUAG